AAUAGGGUAUGUUGUUUUCCCUUGAUUUGCUGCCAUUUUUGUGUGCUAUCGCCUCGUGAUGUCUGCUGUCCCACAAUCGUCAGAUAACGAUGCUUGGGCAUUGUUAUCUCUGAUGAAGUCUGCACCAGCAAGUCCUAAAGGCAUACAAUGGCAGCCGGAUCCACAGAACCAGUCUAUUGCCAGAUUAGAAGGAAGAGACUUCGAAUAUUCUAUGCGAAAAAAUCGGAUCACAAUAGGGAGAAAUAGUAGCAAGGGUGAUGUCGACGUAAACAUGGGCCAUUCUAGUUUUAUAUCUCGUGUUCAUCUUGAAAUUUUCUACGAUCAACCUAACUUCUUCAUGAAAUGUGGUGGGAAGAAUGGCAUAUUCAUUGACGGCAUCUUUCAGAGAAAAGGCGCACCGCCUUUACAGCUUCCAAGGACAUGUGUUCUAAGAUUUCCUAGUACAAAUAUUAAGAUUGUGUUCCAGUCUUUAGUAGAAGACAAUCCCCCAACAACAGCCCCACCCCCUCCACAGCUGGAAACCCCACCAAAGAAGAAGGCACCAUUACCUCCAUUAAAGAUCAACAUCCCAGAUCCUGUUCAGCAGCCACGGUUUGAAAGUCCUUGUCCAUCUCCAACAGGGACCAUUAGUGCAGCAAAUUCUUGUCCAACAUCUCCAAGAGGAGGCACAUCAUACCGUCCUAACUUCAUAUCUGAGGCACAGAUAGCUGCCCUGAAUGCUGCUGUAACUUCAAACAGUAGUGCUAACAGUCUUACUAACAAUAAUAGCAUUAAACACGAGGAAAAAGACAAUACCCCAAUGUUACAAAUUAGUGAAACAUCAAAUGGAGCUGGGGGAAGUCCCAAAGAUGAUUCAAAGCCUCCUUAUUCUUACGCACAGUUAAUAGUUCAAGCUAUAUCAUCAGCGCCUGAUAAACAAUUGACACUGAGUGGCAUCUAUGCUUACAUAACAAAAAAUUAUCCUUAUUACAGAACAGCUGACAAAGGUUGGCAGAAUUCAAUACGACAUAAUUUAUCAUUGAAUCGUUAUUUUGUCAAAGUACCUCGAUCACAAGAUGAACCCGGUAAAGGAUCAUUCUGGAGAAUAGAUCCUGCCUCAGAGGCCAAAUUAACAGCACAAGCAUUCAGAAGACGUCGCCAGAGAGGGGUGCCAUGUUUUAGAGCACCAUUUGGGGGCCUUUCCACUAGAUCUGCACCUACAUCUCCUAGUCAGAUGGGAGGUUCAUUUACACCUGACAGUAUGUCACGAGAAGGUAGUCCUAUCCCGGAACAUUCAGAAGAAAGCAUGCCUCCAGCCCCAACCCAAAACUACAUCCAUCAUCAACAUCCACAGAUUAUACCUGCAAGUUCUAUUGCAGAGCUGUGUAGAAUAAGUCAGUCAGCGCCUGGAUCUCCUGCAGCAUCAAGAGUUAUGUCCCCUAUUUCAGUUACAACAAUGCAGCCAUCUGUGUCGACAGUAUCGGCUCUUCAUCAACUUCCCACAGUCAUCACUAAGCCCAAAAUCAUGGUUACAAAUGCUGCCCAGAUGGUGUUGAAUGGACCAUCCCAUACAGUUUCUAAUUCAUCUUUAACUAAUGGGGCCCAUACAGAAAUUAAAAAAGAAAACAGUUUGUCAGCUCUAUCAUUUGAUAAGUUUCAAGGAGUUACAGUUGGUGGUCAGACUGUUAAGCCUGUUACAUUAGUAAGAAAUUUAAUAACAAGUUUAGCCCAACAAGGCGGAAUGUCAGCAACUGGCCAGCCAUUUACUGUGUUGCCGACCAACUCAAGUCAGUCGAGUCAACCAACGGCUAUUCUGCAACAGUCUAUUAGUAGUACAUUGGCAGGGUCACAGGGCUUGACCUUGCUAUCUCAGCAAGGAGGCUUACAGUAUGUUAAUGCCGCAGGGGCAGCUUCGCGGCACUCUGAUGGGCAACAAUCACAGACUCAGUUUUUGGUGACAACUGUAGGUGGUGUUCCGUUGACACUUCCUGUUACGUCAAAACGUCCGGCGGCGGCAGGAGACGGUGAUAGUGCUAUUGAAAACAAACUGAUCAAACUGGAGGAACAAGUCGGGAAAGAAGAACCAAAGGCAGAAUAAAACAAUUGAUUUUUACAGAAAUUUUUACUCUUUUGUCUGUUAGUUGUUAUUGGAGAAAUAUUUUUACACAUUUUAGCUCGGGUGGGUGACAAACACAUGAAAGACUGUUUUUGAUUGGUUAUUUAGAGAUGAUGACUUGAUUGUUUGUUAUUUACGACCUGAUUGUUAAAGACGAUUGAAAUUGACUGUGUGUGGAUAUAUAUAUUUCCACUUUGUAUUAUUAAUAGCAAUACUUCUCAAAAGUUAAUGUUGUCAGUAUUUUUUAUACAGAAAUUCACCGUAAAUUGUGUUUUUAUGGUUUUGAGGGAGGUUGUUACAGUCUUGAAUGAAUAAGUUAUUUCUUCACUCCUGAAUAGACCCCCAAAAAUACAAAUAGAUUAUGAGUUAUUCCCCUUUCUUGGGAUUUGCAAUAGUUCUCAGCUUUGAUAACUUAACAAUAAGCUAUUCGUAACUUCUAAUUUCUUGCAGUGCAUUAUUGUAUGUUGUAUUUGCUUUGUAAAAAAAUAAUAUAGUCUUUGUAGUCAAAUUGAAGUAUAAUUAAAAAAAAAAUGUGUAGAUAAAACAAAAAAUAGAUAUUUUCUUUUGUCUUUUGCUUUUCAAUAUAUCUUAUACAAACCAUUGCUGAGAACAAGAACUUAUCCCUUGAAAGCUGAGUAACUUAUUUCUGUAUUGUUUUAUUGUCAAUUUCUGAAUAUAUGACAUGACUUAAUGAAGUACUAUAUAUACACGAUAAAACUAAAGAUUUUUUUUUUCUUUUUCAACCUACCCCUAGUUGGAUUUGACACAUCAUAGUCUAACUUGACCACCUUAUGGAAUGGACAUGUUUCUUCUUGUUGUAUUUAACUUUCAGGUAUAAUUUAUUUAUAUAUUAUAAGUAUGUGUAUUGAUAAUUUCUUAAAAAAAAAAAAAAAUAAGUUCAGGGGGCAUGGGUUGAAAAAGGGAAUUUCUUUAGAGCUGUAGUGUAAAUGUAAUUUGUUAUAGAGCAAGAGACUCUCUAAACAUCUUUGUUUUUAAUCCUGUAAAGUAGUAAUUAAUGCAAUGUACAAAGUAAAGUUUUUAAGCAUUAACAGUUUGUGGUUAUUUAAAAAAAAAUCUGCCUUUAGAGCACAUGUUUUCUGAUAGUUCGGGUGUCACAUGGGCAAUACUUAAAUAAUUAGAAAUGGUUUGGGAAUAUAAAUAAAUAACUGGUCUUCUAAUGGCAUUACUGUUAGCAUGUUUUAAACACACAAAUAAAAGUUGUGAUAAUUGGCUGACAAACGCUUUGACAAAUCAAAUUUCACCAACUUUAUUGGAAGAUAUUUUAUUUUGAAAAAAAUGUCAUAUUUCCAAAAAUAUAAAGUGAUAAUGAAAAAAGCCCAUGGUCUGAUGUAAAUCAAGUUUGUAGAAUAAAGUCCUGAUAUUUACAUUUUAUCCUUUUUGACCUAAUUCAUUGAUUGUUGUUUUCUUGUUAGAAAUAACUUAAUAUUUGCUAAAUCUUGCAAAUGAUUUUGAGGGAGUUAUCUUCUUUGAUAUAUGAUUUCAUGAUGAUUUCCUUAGUGAAUAAAAUAAUGCAAACAUCAUGUUUAUUUUACAUAUCAUGUUGGAAAAGAUUUUUUUUUCGAUGGUGGACUUGGUAUAUGAUAAAAUGAAAAAGUUAUUUGGUUUUAUUAAAAAACUGAAAAAAUUACUCACUCUUAAAAGCAUUACCCGGUAAAUGGAACAAGUUUAUAUAGAAGGCAGCAUUUAGCUCAUAUUUUACAUAAAAUACAUGUUUGUCUACUGAUAAUAAAGAUAUAAAAUUUGAAUGAAGUAGAAAAAAAAAAUGAUAGAAAUUAAUUUAUUGUCUGCACAAAUAUUUUUUGUUGUUGUUUACACAUUGUAAGAAUGUUUUCUAAUGAUAUUGUUUAUCUAUGAAGUUGGGGAGCAUCUUUUAAUGUUUUGAAGGGAGGUUGGCAGUUUGGUUUAAAGAACAUUGCUUUUAUAAUUAAAAAAAAAAGUGAAUGUUUUAAAAAAAUGAAGAUAUGACCAUAUUUUGUAUAAAAGAUGGGAACAGAAAAAAAUAGAAAAUUGGUUUUGGACAAGAUCUGUAUAUGUGAGAAUAUGCAAGUUAUAAGAGUUUAAGAAAGGUACAUAACUCUGAAUGUUUUGUCUGCAUAUUUGAUAUAGACAAACAAUAACAAAUUGUAUCAUUAUGCUGAAACAAGUAUCAAUAGGCAGUUUUUAUAAACCUUGUACUAUCAAAAGGACAUAUUGCAUCUGAAAAUAAACUACAGUCCUUGGUGAAGCAAUGCAUGUAAAGUGAAGAUAUAUAUGGAUAUUUUUUUAUCAUGAUUAGUUGCAAAAUAUUAAGGUAUUUGAGUGGACAUAAUCCUAGAUAAUUCAAUCCUUUAUAUGUACGGAUUAUCAUAUUAAUGAACUGGUAUAAACAGAUAAAACUUUGUACGAGACCAGGAUGAUUUGUGUUGAGAGAAUUUGUUGUUGGAGAUGUGAUUUUAUCAAUUAAUAAUAGUGCUGAUAACUUUCUGUGUUAAAUUGUAAUUAUGGAUCUACGUUUGGAUAGAUUCUCAUGAUUGUUUAAUUGCUUGUAUGUAAAAAUUAAUUGUUUUUCUUUGUUGAAAAAUGCAAAUAUAGUAUCUAACUUUGUUGUGAUAAAACAUUAAAGCUCAGUCCGUUUAUUUAUCAAAAUCAUUUGCAUUCUGGGUAAUUAAGAUUAAUGCUAAGGGCUGUUUUACUAACUAUACAUUGUACCCAAGGAAGGCACUUUAAAACAAAACUCAGUUAUAACCCUUUUAAACAAAUUUGGUUUAUCAUGUACAUUUUUGUUGUACUUUAACCUACUCAUUGGGGAGAUCCAAAUUGCCUUCUUUGGAUCCUCUGUAUGUUUUUCUUGAACAUUUCAAGCCUCGUGAUUGCAAGUUUAAAACAGCCUCUUUUUGACUGAAUAUUUAUGGCAGCCUCAUUGUGACUGAACAAUUUAGACAGUCUUAAUUGUGGUGAAUUUCUUUUAAUGAUAUUCAACCAUCACUUGUGGAAGAAGUGAAAUGCCCAGCUUUUUGUUGUUUAAUACAUAUUUAUUAGAUUUAUUUGAAUUAUUUAAAGAUAGCCAUGUUUUAUUGGCAAGUUAUGAUGACUAAUGCUUUAUUACAAAUUGAUACAUAGAUUAUAAUAUGAAUUAAUAAUCUUCAAUUUGAACUGCUAAUUCUCUGUUAUUUCUCUUUUAAUUUCAACAAUAGUUGUAACUUGAUGACCUGAAUUUUAUGGCAAACUCCAUAAACUGCUUAGAAUUUUCCCUUGAUUAAGAAAUAAUUCUUCAUACUUACUUAUGACAGUUGUUUAAUCUCUAAAAAUCAUUGUUACUCAAGAAUAAGACAUAACAAAUGAAAGUUCAUUUUAAAUUAAACAAAAAUCAAAUUAGGAAAUUUAAUCAUCAAUAUCGAUUUAUUGUACAUCAUUGUACAUUCAUACAUAAAUUCAGAUUUCAACCAAUUUCAUAAAAUGUUUGAUCAAAUUAUUUGUUUUCAAACAUUACAAAAGCAUAUGUUAUGAUUUUUACCCAUAAUUUUUCAAGCUAACAAUAUAUACUGAUGAUUAUGGAUUGAAAAUGUUCAUUGUAAUUUAUUAUUUUGUAUUGUCUUCAUUAACAUUAUUGUGGACAUUGUAAAUAGAAAUGUAACAGUGUUGUUCUCUUCAUUGGUGAACAACUAUAUUGUUGUUCCACAUCAUUGGUGAACAACUAUAGUGUUGUUCUCUCAACUGGGGAACAAUCAUAUUGUUGUCCUCUUCAUUGGUGAACAACCAUAUUGUUGUUCCACAUCAUUGAUAGACAACUGUAGUGUUGUUCUCUCAACUGGGGAACAAUCAUAUUGUUGUCCUCUUCAUUGGUGAACAACCAUAUUGUUGUUCUCUUCACUGGGGAACAACUAUAUUGUUGUUCUCUUCACUUGGGAACAACUAUAUUGUUGUUCUCUUCACUGGGGAACAACUAUAUUGUUGUUUUCAUCACUGUUGAACAAUUAUAUUUUGUAUCAUUGGUAUUUAAUAACUGGAUAGUAAAAAUGGUAUGUCCCAUCAGUGGGUUGUACCACUCUGAUCAAUAAAAAUAUUGUUUUA